GUCUACGACUAUCAUAUUUGACGUAGGGGAGAAUCUUCCUUCCGUUCUCUUGGCUGUAUACUUUCAAAGCCGUCCCUGGUCUGAAUCCAGAGCCUUUACAAAAGCGCCACCUGCUUGACCUAAUUCGAAUCGUUCACCAGAUCGCGUGCUCGGUACAGUGCUGUGUUGACACUCGAAUCGCACGAUGUUGGAAUCUGCCGCCAGCUUUACACCGAACUGAACCAAGAUGGCGUCGCUGUCAACUUGAAAAACGUCUUGUUGCUAACACGAAGGAGACUUUUGUUUUUCUCCCUAACUGUGGAGUUAUGUGUGUUAUGUGAGACCCAUGGCUACUCGGCGGUAUCCAGAGGACACGUACAGCGGUCCUGAGUCGGACGGGGAGUACAGUGGCUCGCAGAGCGAUGUGGACUCCCUCUCGGAGUACUCCGAAUCAGAUACUCGCCGUAAGACCCAGUCUGGUACUGGGCACACCACAGUGUCCGCUGGUAGUCUCCCUCCAGUAUGGGCAGACAAGGUACAGCCAGACGGCUCCCUCUUUUACUUGGAGCAGUACAGUGGCGGCAAGGAACUCAACGGGGAAGUACAGUCUCCGCCCAAUGGGAAAGCACCUAACGGCCACGUACAACCAGAAAAGAAGGAAACCACUAAGGAAAGCGGAAUCAGCCGCAUACGCGGACUGCUCAAGAAGCGGACUGGAAAGAACAAAGACAGCACAGACAGCGGACAGUCAGAGAACAGCAUGGCGCUGUACGAAGUCAAGUUGAAGGUUGACCCAACCAAGCUGCAGAAGGAAGCAACACUAGAAACACUGUUGGGGAUCGUUCCUAAACCGAUCGUAAGAAACGCCGGUGACGCCGUAACGGGGAACUCCCGGAUGAGACAGAUCCUCCUACAGACCCUACUACCUGAUGGUCCGGCCAUUAAAGCUACCCAGCUCAGAAUAGGUGACUGUCUGGUAGCUGUGAAUGACUUCAAUGUUAACAUGGACAACAUCAAUCAGCUCCUGUCUGCCAUUGUCACACCUAUGGAGGUCAAGCUUACCAUGGAGCCCGUUCCCGAGCCGUGGGAGCCGCCCGAACCUCCGCCGUUCGUGAAAGAACCCGCCAGACCCAGCGAACUGGUGAAACUGGUGAGCGGCCAGGACCUCUCGACAUACCACCACCUGCUGGAGAAGAUCCCGCAUAUCGUCAUGUACCUGACGAUGGGCAGUGACUCCAACAACACCCACAAGGAGGAGGAGAUCCUGUACAGCUAUCCUGAUGGAGAGGCCUCCAGGAGGUUACGGAACAUCCGAGGCAUGUUCAUCACUAUAGGAGACAUCCUGCAGAAUGUCACAGGCACAAGAGUCAAGAGUUCAACCCUCGUUGUUGACAAACAACACAUUCAUAUCGGCUACUGGAAGAAAGGGGAACACUUGCUGGUGUUGGGGUUACCUGGGGACAAAGUCAAGGUUGAGCAGCUCAACCACAUGGUCUCCGACGUCGUCCGUUUCCUGACUGUUAUCUAUGGCUCAAUAGAGAGUGCCUUUUCAACAACAGGGAACAUCAGCCAGCUGGACCACUUCUUCUCCCUGCUGUUCAAGAGAGUGCUGCUAGGGGGCCUGAUGUCCUCCAGUCUCCAGCCAGACGACAACAGUUCAGCGGUGAUGGACACCAUCAUGGCAGUCCCAACACUGCACAUACCUGAGGACAUUAAGACUCCAUUGGAUGCUGCUCUAAGUGAACUGGAGGCUGCUGACUUUGCUGAUAUGUCUGAUGACUACUAUGAUCUGAGGAGGGCAUUCACAGUUCUAGGGAGCUGUAUGUUCUAUAAGGGUCUCCUUGCUGCCAGCCACUUGCCCAGGGAAGACCUGUUGGACGUGUUCCUGUACUGUCGGUAUUACUGUUUACUGGCGCUGGCCUCGGAGGAGAGGGUGGGGCAGCUGGUGCUGUGGAGGGAGGUCCACCCCACCCGCAGGUUUGACCCCUCCCACGGUGAGGCCGAUGCCCAAGGCUACAGCGAGCCGGAAGGGCGAUGGUUCCUGCUGAUUGUAGGCUUGAGACACUGGCUGUCUGCUACCCUACUGGAGGCCGGGGGCUGUGCUGCCAGAGCCGAGGGUAGUGUGAGCCCAGACCCUUUCCUGGUGGACCAGACUAAAGCAGUCAUCCUGCAGUUGGAGACACAGAAUGUGGGGAACUUGUUUGAGGACAGACUGCAGUCCCCAUCCAACCCUGCCCUGUCCUGUGCGGAGUGGUUCCUCCCCUCCAGUAGAGAGAAGUCUGUCAGUAACGCCAGCAGCACCAGCAGCAUCCUGGGAACUCCUGUCCUGGGCAGGCACCAGAGCAGCUCACCCAAACCUCUAAAGCUCUUCCAGAGGAGUCCACAGAGCUCCUUCUUACAGGUGCCAGGAGCCAGAACUGAGGGAGACAACAUCAGCCACUCUGGGAGUGAGCACAGCGGGAGUGGUGUGCCGUCCAUGGGGGGAGACAGCCCCCACUCCACACCUAGCCUGGGGCGCAGGCACCUUAGGAAACAAUCAGAGGGCUCAGGGUCAGGGCAGUCAGGGGAGAGUGGGAACAGCAGUGGACUUUUCAAGCUGAAGAGUAAGAGAUUAAUUCCUGAUGCUUUCGAGAUGUCCAACAUGAACAGAGUACUGGUGGGACAAGACAAGGAAGAGCUGUCGUAUUCAACAAAACUGACCUGUGGAGUAGACAACACCUUGUUCCAGUACCUGGCGGUGAACUCUGCAGCGGGCGUGGUGGUGUGCCCCACCCAACAGGAGGUGGGGAGACUGGGCGGGGCCCUCCACAUGGAUGUCAUCAGGAACUUCUACCGCUGCUGCCAGACCAUCCACGGCAUGUUUGAGAACAGCGCACAAGUCAAGGAGCUGAGAGACAGGAACGUUGACGGCCCCCUGCACACGGAGAGUCCCCUGGGUGUUGUCACAGAGCAGGGUGUUCUCUUCCACUGUGGGCCGGCCAACCUGAGCGACUCCAAACGGGGAACGACCCCUACCAUCACCUACUGGGUUGUCGGGAGACUGUACAUGGCCAAAGAACCCAAGGAGGUGUUUGUGUGCUUCCAGGACGGGACACAGGACAAUGUUGUAGAGAUGGCUUUCAAGCUGCUCUUUGGAACAGACCUGUGAUGGUCUUCUGAUUUGUGUUGCCCAGUAUGGGAGACUUCCAUCAUUUGUAACAUUCUGUAAGGUUGAAUAAUCAGCUUGUGACAAGGGUUCCAAAAAAUCUUUGCAAAUUUAUGGGUUUUGGAAGAUUUGCAAACGCAGAGUGCUGAUGCCAAAGUGAUCAUCUUAAAGAUCAUGAGCAAGGAAAGGCAAGACAGUUCUCAGUUGAUGUUCAAAUCGCUUCUCUCCUAACCUGGUUCAGGUGGGCAUAGAGGGCAGGGCUCGAAAUACUUUUUUUCUGCAUACCUGCACUGGUGCAGGUAACAUUGAAAAUAACCCGCACCCGACAAAUUUUACCUGCACCACUCUGAAUUUAGGAAGUAUGGAUCAUACUGAAAUUGUGCAGGAACCAUUAUUUUAUACUUAAUAGGUGGUAACAGUCAACGCAGCUGAUAACAAUCCACAUGCACCUUACCUACAUCAUAGGAUAUUUAUGUAUAAAACCUAGUACAUGACCAGUGCAGGUUAGGUGCAGGUAGACACCAGAAAUACCUGCACAGCACCAAUUUUACCUGCACUAACCUGCAUAUGCAGGUGGUAUUUCGAGCCCUGGAGGGACAGGAAUGUUGUAGGUUUUUAUGGAAGAUUCCAGUUCUAGUUAACUAUAUGUUUGUAACUUUGUAAAGGCUUAGGACUGCAACCAUCAUGUACAGUAAUGAAAAUGUGGUUAUCAGUUUUCCUCACAUAUACAUACGUCCAUGUUUUCCAAAGGAAAGAUUAAUAUGUUUUGCCUGUUUCUUGGAUGUUACAGCAGCCAUUUUAACCAUAACCUCAUGUUUCCGUCAUUAACUGUCCUUUUACAGCAUCCAUAUCUUCCUAAGAUUUUGAAAAACACAGGAGUGGUGGUCUAUGCUGCCACAAAGAGCUUAUAUUUGGGGAAUCAUAGUUUCAUGGUUCUUACUUUGAAAAAAACAACAA